AAUAUCCCAAAAUUCCGCGUAACUUAAUUUAUGAGGCAAUUAAAAUUUUUUGGCCGGUGUGUUCAUACCUGAAUGUCUAUUUUCGUACUGACAUUGUUAUUGGUCAGUUUGUCACCUGUUCGUAAUGAAUAGUGAAAAAAUCAUUCCCCUUGUAGUGUUCAUUGCUGUUGUGCUAUUCGUUAAGAUGAGUGAUGUGAAACACAUUUGGGACAAGCAAAAAACUAAUUUCCGCAGCACAAUGCCAGUGAGAGAGGGCCCCAAGCGGCCGUUGGUCGGCGUCAUUGAUGAUGGCACCAAGACUGUUCGAUUUGUGAUAUACGAGGCUGGCCGAUCAGAAGAGCUGGUGGCCUAUCAGAUGGACAAGACAGAAGUACAGCCACACGAAGGAUGGUCAGAACAGGAUCCUCUAGAAAUUAUUCACCACAUCAAGUUGUGCGCUGAGAAUGCCAUCGAUCAAUUGGUGGAAUUAGGUUAUACCAAAGACGAUAUCGUAGCGUUGGGCAUCACAAAUCAGAGAGAGACAACAAUAGCAUGGGACAAGUAUACGGGCGAGCCGUUGCACGCUGCUAUAGCAUGGAACGACAUCAGAACAGAUAGCACGGUGGACGCGAUCCUAGCCAAAAUCCCAGACCGAAACAAGAAUUACUUCAAGAACAUUUGCGGUCUGCCCAUAUCUCCUUAUUUCAGUGCUUUGAAGAUGCGCUGGUUAAAGGACAAUGUAAAGGCGGUGCGGCGAGCCAGCAGGGACAAGCGGCUGUUGUUCGGCACUGUUGAUACUUGGAUUGUUUGGAAUAUGACCGGUGGACCUCACGGUGGCCUGCACAUCACUGACGUCACAAACGCGUCUAGAACUCUCCUCAUGAACCUGGAAACUUUGAACUGGGAUCCUAUUCUGUGCAGACUGUUCGGCAUCCACCGAGACACACUGCCCACAAUCAGAAGCAGCUCAGAGAUAUACGGCACCGUGAAAGAUGGCUCCAUUGUCGACGGAAUCAGGAUAUCUGGUAUACUAGGCAACCAGCAAUCAGCCCUCGUGGGCCAGAACUGCCUCCAAGCCGGACAAGCGAAGAACACGUACCGCAGUGGUUGCUUCCUGCUCUACAACACUGGGACCCGUCGCGUCCAGUCCACGCAUGGACUUAUCACCACCGUGGCGUACAAGUUGGGACCUGAUACUCCUGCUGUUUAUGCUUUGGAGGGUUCCAUAGCCGUAGCAGGUGGCGCAAUGAAGUUCCUGCGCGACAACCUCCGACUUAUAAAGGACGUGGUGCAAGACACGGAACAUAUUGCCGGCCAAGUAUUCUCUACUGGAGACGUGUACUUUGUGCCGGCUUUCAGUGGGCUAUAUGCGCCUUAUUGGAGGAAGGAUGCGAGAGGAAUAAUUUGCGGUCUGACUGCAUUUACGACUAAGAAUCACAUCAUCAGAGCUGCUUUAGAGGCUGUAUGCUUCCAGACAAGAGAUAUCCUGGAAGCCAUGAACAAAGACUGCGGCAUGCCGCUGGCCAAGUUGCACGUGGACGGCCGGAUGACCUCCAAUGACCUCCUCAUGCAGCUACAGGCAGACCUCAUUGGUAUACCUGUGUUGCGUGCCCAGGCGUGGGACAUGUCGACGCUGGGCGUGGCGGUGGUGGCGGGCGGCGCCGUGGGCGUGUGGAGUGCGGACAAGUGGCGGACGCACGCCACGCUCAACGACACCUUCCUGCCCACCACCACUGACGACGACCGCGACGCAAGAUACACAAAAUGGAAGAUGGCGGUACAACGGUCCCUGGGCUGGGCGACGACAAAAAAAUCGUUCACCAUGACAGGUCAGGCCAAACGAAAGUGUAGCAUGAUGACUCAACAAAGCAUUGACGUACCAUCUCUCCCGGACAGUAGGAAAAACUCGCUUUUUGACAACCACAACAUAAACCUAUUAGAUAUUAAAUCAGAUAAAAACUUUGAUGAAGGCGUCAAUUCGUAUGUAGAAGAGCUUUUGCAAUACUCAGCUCGUAAAUUCUCCAUUUUUGUUCCCGUCAAAAAACGUGUGACUGAACAUACGAUUUUGGAUGACGCGGAGUAUUUUAUGAGCAAAAAGGAGUGUGAUUACGGCAUGUGCGAGUGCUGCCCUCCUGAGAAGAAAGUCCAAACUAAUUGGCAAUCUGUAGAGGAAAUUAUCGAAAAUGAUCCGGAAAUUAUUUUCGAUUGUGAUGACAACCCUAUUAUGGUUGAGCGCGUUCGGACCGCCGAACCUGUAUUCUUAACCUCCGCCCUUAGUAUGGGCGCUGCGAGUCUGACAAAGAAAAUUAACUUUGAAAAACUCCCGGCUCUAUUUAAGACUAUUUAUAAUAAAAUCUCCAGUCCCUUAACGUGAAUUGGUUUCUUUAAAUUAUGUGUAGUUAUUUUUAUUACUUACUUUGGGGCUAAAAUCGGCCUUUUUGGUCUGGCUUGGACAUUUUAGCCACCAUAGAAUUCCUAAUACUAUCUUAGGAUCUUAAAAAAAAUCUUGAAUAUGCGAUACGAAUGCAAUUUCUAGGUUAAAAAUUAGCUCCAAAUGUCAAAGUGACAUUUAACAACGAAUAUAUACAUAUAUAGAGUGUUAUUGUUAUGUAGAUCAGUCUUAGAAUAUUGAAAAAAUCUUGUUAUUAUUAAAAAUGUGAUAUUUUCGAAUUAUGUUUUCAAAUUUUUAGGCGUUAUGUACUUAAAGUAGCUAAACGAAAGUACUAGAAUAGUUUAAAAAGUUAAUGAAUUAAAAUUUCGAUACUCUUAAAAGCCAAAUUAUAUGUAUAUCUGAUCCCCAAGGUAUUAUAAAAAAGACAUUUAGUGUAUAAAUAUUGUCUAUAGGCGAACCACAGAUAAUAUAUCUCUAUGGAUUGGGUCUAGUUUUUUUUAAAACGUCAUGUAGAAUUAAUAGUAUAUUUUAUUUUUUAAGAUCUUUUUUUUAAGUUACAUUUUUUUAAACACAAUUUUAGACUUUGAACUCAAGUAUUUGAACAUCAGUAUAUUUAAUAAUGAAUAAUUGAUAAUGUAAAACCUCUCUUUUAUGAAUAUGACCCUUUUCAAAUGAAUUAUUAUUAUAGAAAUUUAGUUCCUUAUUUCGCUAGAAUAUUGUGUCGUCGAUUGUAAAUGUUACUAACAUUAAAAUAAGACUGGUUUAACUUGAAUAUUGAAUAAAACUAUUUAUUUAUCCUC